AUGAGCAGCCUGGUGAGAUUCCUUUUGCUGAGCCUGCUCUGCGGCUCGCUGGCCUCUGGCCAGGACAGUGCCAGCGGGAGUGACCAGCAGUUGACCUCCACCCGAGAGGCGGCCACAGCAACGGAGGCGGCCCGGGGACUGGCCAGCAGCUAUGAGCCGGAGGACAAGCAAGCGCUGCGCAAGAACUCACACAUUUUCAUGGGCAUCUACAAGAACUACAAGAGCACCUAUCUGGGCAACAAGACGACCAGUGAGUACAAGAAGCGGCUAAGGGAUCGUGUCAGUGCGCCUCAAAUGGCGGGCAACGAGGCUCAACUGAGUCCGGCGGAGCAGCCGGAGGCUGGGGAUGUUCUGGCCGAGGAAAUCCGCCAGGAUGCCAAUGCUGAGGCCUUGCUGGAGGCCCAAACAGAGUUGCCCAGUUACGACGACAGUGAAACGUCGGCGGGCAAAAAGAGGCGCAAACGCAAGCGCAAGGAUCGCAACAAGAGGCGCGAGGAGUUGGAUGCCGAAACGGAUCGACCAGAUGAGGCUGACCAGGAGGAGGAAGGCAUUGAGAGAUAUCAUGUGGGCCCCGGGCUCAAUGUCAGCCUGGACAUGAGCAACGACAUUGUGCACGUGAAGCUGGAUGGCGAGAACCUCAAGGAGAUUAUAGCCGCCCGUUGGCUAACCUCGGAUAACAGCGAAGAAGGUCGCGGCAAGAAGUAUGAUAUGAUCACCAAGGUCCUGCCUCUCUUUAUCCUGCCCUUCCUCAUCCAGUCAGCCAUCGUUCCCUUCCUGGUGACCAAACUUAAGCUUCUGCUGGUCAAGUCCAUUCUGGUGGGCAAGCUGGCCAUCUUCCUGCUGAUAAUCUCGGCCAUCAAGAAUGGAAACAAGAUGGUCCAGAGCUACGAAGUGCCCUCAUACUGGGCCGGCGAGCCGAGCCGGAGAUCUGAGCUGGCCGCCGCCGCCUCCUCCGCGGCUGCCGCCUACAAUGGCUACCGGGUGGAGGGCAAGCCGACCACCUGGAUCAGCUAG